CAGGCUGUUAUUGACGUCAUUAUUCUUCGACAAUGACGACAGUAUAACGCGACAGAUUGAGCAGGAUUCACCAAACACUUGUGGGUUGCAGUUUCUUUUAUAUCACAACCAGAUAGUAUUAUCAAUGUACUACAAUACCGAUGGAAGUGAGGCCGUAAACUAUUGUUUUCUAGUCCUCAGUCAGCUAAAACAGAAACCCAAGCCGCCUCUUCUGAGCUCUGCUACAUUCUAUGCAACGUUACAUCUCGUAGUGAAAUACUGCAGUGGAUCAUAACCAUGACUUUGAGCAUGGACAUCAGCGUUUCUUUUCUCAAGUGCGAACUCGCCUCUACUAUCGACCAGGCGGUAAGAUGCGCCGUCGAAACGGUUUUAAAAGAAACGGCACGAGUUGUUGGCAUAAAGCUGUCCGCGGCUCGAAACGCAGCGGCAGAGUCGCACCGAGAGAACCAGAGCCUGCGCGAGAGACUGGAGAUCUCCGACAGCGAGCUCAAAGCAGUGCGCUACUACAUGACCGCGGCUGAAAAGAACAUCAAACAGUGUUUACUUCUCAACAGAAACCAGCCCGGGUCAAAUAUCGUGCGCCCGAACGCACAAGACGCACUUUUUGUGAUUCCAUCACGCGCUGCGGACGGAAGCCCCACAUUACAGGCGCAAAGCAGAGAUUCCUCCCGCAAGAGCUUCCGAAACUCACCGGGAAGAAUCCACAAACCCAAAAAUCUCCCUAGUGUUGGCCUCUGUCUCCCCACGGUGCAGUCAGACUGGCCUCGGGAGUGCGUCAACCGCAGACAGACAAGAGGAGGGUCCUCAGGAGGCAACAGUUCAGCACACGCGAGUGACCCCGCGACCUCCCAGACUCUUGUGGAAAACAGUCCUGCUCUCUUCAAACCAGAAGAUGAGCCAGAGGGCCAGUUUUACAUCACGAAUGAGGACAACAGUUCUGUAGUAACAGACAGUGAGGGGAGACAUGAAGAACCAGAAAAUCCAGACCCCUCCGCAAACCAACCAGAGGAUCCAUCUGACAUGACAAAGUUUGAGUUUGAAAUGAGCACGCCAGCUGGGAAUGUUAAUGAGCUGGAGCUGAUAGAGGUGAUGGAGGACUCUGAUGAAGUCAAACAGAGCACCAUUAAAAUUGAAGACGAUCCUGAUUCCCUCACAUUAGAGCCUCCUUCAUCAACUCUAGCUGUAGCAUCUUCAUCCAACUCCAUGCAAGAGUUGGCACAAAUCUCUUCGCCUUUGAUGCGGGAGAGUGAUGGUGAUGCUUUGCUGGCCUUGGCUGCACCUGUUAGUAGUGACUCCAGGUUCAGCAGGACUAUCGAGAGCCCUGAUAAGGUGCACCGCUGUAACAUUUGUGGCCGGGGGUUCAGACGUUUCUACUGCUUGAAAACGCACCAGCGCAUACACACAGGAGAGCGCCCGUAUCCUUGCAGAUAUUGCGAGAAGCGAUUUCGCCAUUUGGACAGCUUACACAAGCACCAGCGCAUUCACACAGGAGAGAGACCGUACCACUGUGCUGAGUGUGGAUGCUGCUUCAGAGAACUCGGUCAGCUCAAAAAGCACAGACUCAAACACUCUCCCACAUUUGUUCCGGUGGCCAAUCCCACCUUCCCUCUCCUCCCAGCUGGACCCUCCUAUGUCUGGCCACAUCUCAACACACAGUCUUUAGAUUCAGUCUAGGCAUGUGACGGUAUUUUCAAAGUAUGGUAAUUGUGGAGACCGGUACGGUAUUAUCUGCUGGUAUUCAAUGAAGUUACAAAAACAGGUUGAAAAGAUAAACAAACUUGUCCUAUUAAAUCAUCUCAAAUAAGGGACAUUACAAAUAUAAUAAAAUGACAAGAAAAUUAUAAAGUACACUUGUUUCAAACUGAUUAAAGUACAGACUAGACAACUAUAACGGACAAUAUCAAGGAAGUAAACGAUUUUUAACCAUUAUCCAGAUAUUUUUUCUGGGCUGGAGUGUUUAAGUCCAGAUUAAAAUGUACAGGUGUAAACAAAUGCGUAUUAUAUAAUGCUUAGUAUUAAAUACUCAGUAUUUGUUGUUGUUUUUAUAAACACCAUAGCCAUAUCUGAAUGGUUGUUUUGAAAGCUUUUAAAUACUGUUUGACUUUCUUCAGUUCAGAAAUAGGAAUUUUCAUAGCACUACUUUGUACUUUGUGUACAGGGGUAACCACUGUAUUAACCACUGUAUUUCUGUAAGUGCCACAUACUGUAAGAGCAUGAAUUUGCAUUUCCAUUCGACCUGUUUGUUGUUUUGUUUUUGUUUUACUUUGAAUCAAAGUGAAAAUUUGAUUUAUUUUAUAUGCAGCAUACAUGUCACACCACAGAUAAAGUUUGUUCAGUAACAGUUUGGUCCAAAAACAAUUGGAGGUAUAUUGGAAGAUAUAUAUUUGCCUGACUCUGUAAACAAAAUUAAUUUAGAAUCAUGUAUCAUGAAUCAUGAAUCAUCAUCCACAGUGCAGCAUAACCAUAACUAUAAUGAAUUGUUUUCAUGCAUAAAAACAACAAUGCAAGAGUUACAGUGCAAAACAUUUAAAUUGAUUCCAGCUAUGAUUAAACUUUCACAAUAAGG